UGCCCAGCAGCAGCCAGUCAUGUACCUGAGCUUUGUCCUGGCCCACACCCCCUCCUCCUGUGACCCGUCCAUCUCGCUCUGCUCCGCCCGUCUACCCGCCUGCACUCACUCACUUUCAACAACCAAAACAAUCCUAGCUGGCAACGCGCCGCAACCGCCAUGGAGCCCGGAGAAGACUCGGGGGUAUUGGCCUUGCUAGCGCUACGCUCUGCGCCAUGCAGCCCGCUGCAGCCGGCUCGGACCUUUCCUGACCUUGGCUCUCCGGUACGUGAGGUCCCAGCUCUGGCCCGCUUGGAGGGACGAGACUUUGAAUUCCUCAUGCGGACAUCGUCAGUCAUCGUUGGCCGUGACUCCAGCCAGGGAUCAGUGGAUGUAAACAUGGGGCGCUCCAGCUUCAUAUCCCGCCGACACCUCCAGCUCAGCUUCGUGGAGCCGCACUUCUACCUGCGCUGCCUGGGCAAGAACGGUGUGUUUGUGGACGGGGCCUUCCAGCGGCGGGGGGCUCCCCCAUUGCAGCUUUCCAGGCAGUGCAUGCUCAGGUUCCCCAGCACAGUCAUUAAGAUAAAGUUUUGUGCACUUUAUCAAGAAAAAGAAUUGAAACCUACCUUGCCGCCCUCUCCUUUGUAUCGUCACAUCUCACCUUUGAAGAUCCACAUCCCUGAACCAGAUAUGCGAAGCUUUAUCAGUCCCUUACCUUCACCAACUGGAACCAUAAGUGUUCCGAACUCCUGUCCUGCCAGUCCUCGAGGUGCUGGAUCAUCAGGUUUACAUUUCAUCCAUAAUAUUGCAUCGGAACUCAAGUUAGCAGCAGAGUGUGCAGCAAAGGCGGCAACAGAGCAACAAACAGAGACAUCUGGAGGUGACAGUCCCAAGGAUGAAUCAAAACCUCCAUACUCGUAUGCACAGCUCAUCGUUCAAGCAAUCUCCUAUGCAAAAGAUCGGCAGCUCACAUUGAGUGGCAUCUACGCUCAUAUCACUAAGCAUUAUCCUUACUACAGAUCUGCUGAUAAAGGUUGGCAGAACUCUAUACGUCACAACCUCUCACUGAACCGAUACUUUAUCAAAGUUCCACGUUCCCAAGAGGAGCCCGGAAAAGGGUCAUUCUGGAGAAUAGAUCCUACAUCUGAAGCCAAGCUAGUAGAACAGGCAUUUAGAAAGCGCAGACAGAGGGGUGUUUCCUCUUUUCGUACUCCUUUUGGUCCACUUUCCUCCAGGAGUGCGCCUGCUUCUCCUACAUAUCCUGAUUUGAUGACCUCAAACUCCAGUGGCUUGCAGACUCCUGAAAGCAUGUCGCGAGAGGGAUCUCCCAUUCCACAUGAUUUUGGUUUUAAGAUGGCAUCUGUGCCAGAGUACAGAUACUCCCAGAGUGCACCAGGUUCUCCAGUCAGUGCUCAGCCAGUUAUCAUGGCUAAGCCGGCACACCAAACAAAUUUUAUGGCAAAGCCUUUGACAUAUAUGCCUGCUUCCAUCAUAACCUCACAACCCACAAGUCAUGCUAUCCAUGUAGUGCAGCAAGCACCCACUGUCACCAUGGUACAGGUACUGACAACCCCCACCAGCUCUGCGAAUGGAUACAUAUUUACCAGUCAGAGGCCUCCCAGUACCAGAGAAGAACUGCGUGGAACAGUAUUGGAUGGUGUCUCUUCUGGCAGAAGCUUUAAAGAUGACAUGAAUACCAUCACAUUUGCCACAAUUCCUACACUUCCGACUGCCAGCAGAGUUAUUCAGACUGUAGCAAAUGCAAUUCCCCAAACUCUUCAUGGACAUAAAGUUACACUUUUACAGCCAGCAGCUACAAUGAGUCUCGCACCGCACCCUCCAUUAGUAACUCCCAGUGGGAAAGAAGUCAUGACCACUGCCAAUCUCACUGGAAACGUUUAUGCUCUCACCAACCCAUUGCAGCUCCUUGCAGCUCAGGCCAGCACCUCACUUCCUGUGUCAGUGUCCAGUGUCUUUGAUCGAGAGACACAAAAAGAGCCGGACGCCAAAAGAGCACGUCUGGAUGAGGGUAGUGCAUUGCAAGCUGAAGUGAUCACAUCUACAUCAGCCCACAUUGAAGGGACUGGAGAAUGAGAGCAGACCAAAUGUGCUAGUAAGGACGGAAGUUUAGAUUUUGAUGCACUGGAAAUGAAUAGUCAGUGAUUGAGGGCCUUCCCUGAUGGAUACGUAGAGAAUGCAUUACCAGACACAACGUGAAGAUGAUCUAAUUCAAAGUGCUACCUGUUUUUUACAUAAGCUAUAAAAUCAUGCAGCUUUUGCAAGACACCUCCUAAUACAGUCCUAGAUUAUGUGGCACCUAGAUUAGUGUGCAGGAUCCAGAGUUCUCCAGGAAGCUGCUUGUGAGAUCACUUUAGGGGUGUAGUAUUCAAGGUUAAGGUGCUCCUGGAAAUGCAAUAUACAGGUUAAAGUGGUUCUGGAGUGCAGUGUACAAGAUUGCAGGCAGUUUUGUGAAGAAUUGCACAGUCUAACAUGCCUGUGUUAUGCUAAUUGUUAGUAUUGUCUUGUUGGACUUCGAGGCAUAUAAGUAGUAAUUCCUACUAAAUUCUUCUAAUCAUUUCAAACUGUGAAGCCCUCUACUCCAUUCCCCCUCAAUAUCAUAUUCUAUUGUAAUAACUAAUUUCAUGGAUUAACCUUUUCCUUGCAUUCGUAAGGCUAUUAGAUUAGUAUUUGAGUAGCCCAAUUACUCUUUGUAAUAUUUAAAUAGCUGCAACUUGAGAUACAAAGAUGAUAUUCAGAUUGUUCCUCUCUUGUGUGUAUUUGUUGUAAGAUGUAUUAUUGGGUAAAUCCUAACAAGACAAAACAGAAAUUGCAGUGUUUGUGAAGUACAUGGAAAAGAGCAGGCAUUUUAAUGAUGACACUAUAGCACUUUUAUGGACUUUAUAUGUGCCAAUACAUUGAUAAUGCAUGUAUUUAAUGAUCCUAUUGUAAAGAAACCUCACUGUAGCUGAAUGUGAGCACAGGACCACCUAGUGUCCACCUUGUACCCAUUUUACCUGAGAAUGCCAGGUAGCUUGUUUUACAUUAAUUCAAGCUUUGUGUAUUUAUCACCUGCUGUGUAGCCAUACACAAUCUGAAUACCCUUUUCUAACAACUAGAUAUUCUGCACAUUUAUUGAAGGGGAUGUUAAAUAUUUUACAUUUCAUUUUUUUAAUUGGAAUUAUUUAUAGUGAAUGUUCUGCCUCCAUCUAACGACAGAAGUCCGUUAUUUGUCUGUAAGUCCAUGAUACUGCAACACACUCCUUUCCUGUUGUCUGCCCAACAGCUUUAGUGUAUGGAAUUGAUUUCCAUUUUCCAAGCUAUCUAUCAUGUACUUCCAUGGUUUAAAAAAUGGGGUUGAUCUACUCACACAGUGGUGUACCAUGUCGGCACAGGACUGAGUACACUUUCACAGAGGUUCUCAUGGUGGGUGUCACACAAUACGAGCUAUUUAGUGAUGGGUUGCAAUGUACAUUUGAAUGUUUUGUGCCUUUAUAGAGGCAUAUAUACAUGUCGCUAGCAUUACUUUUUUUUAAAUAUGCAUCAUUUCAUUUUACUAAUGUAUUAAUUUGGGGGAAGAAACAUAUUUUGGGAAAAAACAUUUGUUAUAAAGCCCUUUAAUUAGAUUAAAAUGACUACUUCCAUUGCUGGAUGUUGGAUUAUUUUACGGUUACACGCGGAUCCUUGAUCCGGUGAGAGACCUCUAGCUACUGCAUGGCAAUUCACAAUGACAGGAAGCGUAAUAACUUGGACUAGAAAUCCCCCAGCAGUGUAAGUACCUUCAUUUUAAGGAUCCUGCCACUAAUAUGCUUUACUUAAACAUUAUGUAUAUGUAUGUUGUGUGUGUUGUCUUUUUUUUACAAAAAAAAGAAAACAGUCUAAAAUAAUACAAGUGGCUUUUUGAGAAAUUGGUCUCAGGGUAAAGUUUACUAUUCAAUUUGUGUCUGUAAUGUGCCAGCUUUGGCCUGUGCCUCAGCCCGGCUUUAUAAAACAAGCCUGGUAUUAAAACUUGUAUUUAAAAAAAAAAAAAAAGAAAUUCUAGAUCUUCUAUGUAAAUGUUUCUAGAUUUAUAUGAAUAUUUGUGAGAACCAUUGUUAUUUGGGGAAAGAUUUUACCUUCCAUGUACACCAAGUGUUAGUAAUAAAAGAUAACUUAAUGGAGCCAUUUGAAAUUAAUAACGGAUUACCAAAGAUUAAAACUUGCAUUCAGCUUUAUAGAUCACAUAUGAUUACACUAUCUUAAAUUCUGAGAUCAGAGGCUGUUUACACUUAUAGUCAUGAAUGUUACAAUUAUGUUUUUCUUUUCUUUUCCCUUUUGGUUGAGCUUUUUAAGUUAACUUGCCUUCAAAUCUGCUGCCCAUAAUGUUACUCCAUUUCCAGUAAUACUCCUUUCACACUGCCGCUUUGGCCUGGGUUAUUGCCAGGUUAACUGGGUUGCUGCUUGGUGUGUUAGGGUCCCCGUAAAGUGACAUGGGUUAAACACUGGAAGAGCCUGGGUCAGAGCCACAGUGUGAACGGGGUCUAUCCUGGGUCUGAGCCAGCUUAGAACAGCGGGUCAGAUGUAUUAAGCCCGGAGAUGUGAUUUACAUAUUGGAGCUGAUUGGCUGGUGGGUUAUCACCUUGCUCUUAUCACUUCUCCAUGCUUAAUACAUCUACCCCACUGUUCCAAAUCCUGAGUCAGACACGGGUUUUGGUCUGAGAGGGGUAAAAUUGACCCAGAGGCAAGUUUGUCCCAAUAAUCUAUUCAUCUUUAGUUCAAUAUAUUUGCUUAUGAUAGUGUUUUCACAUGGUAAACUGUUGCAAAGCAUAUUACUGUACCUAUGUGUUUCCUGAAACAUGAAAGAGAAAUGUGAAUGCUGCCUACUUAUGUUACACCCACUGAAACGACUCUACCAUGUACACAAUCCUACUCUAACUAGAGAGUAGAUUUAUUAAGCUGUGGCUUCCAAACACGCAGUUUUUCGCUUUAAAUAUCAUUGUGGUAUUCAAUUUCCAGCUUAUACAUACCAAGAAGCAGCAGCUUCCUCAGUAAAUUUACCCCCAGGAGUCUUAAGCAAAUACUGGAAAAUAAGAACAUUUUAAUACCUGCUGCCCAGAUAUUUUUUCAAUGAAGUAAAAGAAGUGGACAUUGGAUCAUGAACUUAAACCCAUGGCCAUCUGAAGCAUAGUUGGUGUUAGAUGGUAUUCUGUUAAUACCACUAUGCAACAUAUAAUGUGGCCAGUUUUCUUUUCAGGAAUGAUUAUUGUAUUGCUUCAUUAUUCAGUUAGCUUCCAUGUUAUUCCUCAUUUAAAUGUAAAUAACAUGCACUACAACCCCCGUAGAAACACAUUCUGUAAAACGAAAUACAGGUUUACCGAUUCCAUCCAUACAUCUCUUUCCAAGUGUUAAACCACUGUAUAGAAAGCAGUUGUUACUUGCAGUAUUGUAUCCAGAAAUGCCUGAGAUUUCUGUGUUUUUAUCAUCAACAAGCUUUUAUGGAAAUGUCGAGGAACUGUCUUUUCAGUCUUCUGGGUCAAUCCAGUUAGGAGCUAGUUUACGAAAGCUAGUUUAUUUAAUAAAACUCACAUAAAUUGCACAAGUGUUCACACCGAGAAACUCAGGAUUCAAUUAGAAAUGCCAAUUUGUGGUAGUUGUGGUAAAGUUGUGCAACUUUUCUAUGGAAUGUGACUUGAGAAUUGCAUGACAAGGUGGGGAAACCAUCUUGGACCCAAAAAAGUGACAACUGAGAUGGCAGGACCAUAAAGAAGUCUGUUACUGGCAAAAGAGAAGUACUCGAGGCAGAGUUGCCUAUUUUGGACGUCCCGGCCCUCCCAAUUUCUUUUGUCAGCCCUGACUGGAGGUGUCAAAUGGAUGAUUUUUACACUUUUUAUUAAUGGUUGAAAAAUAAGAGCAGACAAGUGUUUUUCAUCAAAUAAAAGUCUUUGCAGCAUUUUAGGGUACAGAAAGGUCUGUAUAGUAAUAUUUCGGUGUUUUUAUACAAGUAUGUCAAAAGUUGGAAUAAACACUUUUACCGCUCAUCUGCAAUGUACAAAAAAAACCUCUCCCAUCAGUAGAACAGCUUCAUAUACCUGUCCCAUAUCAUUUAUUGAGCUUUUUAGGGAAACUCACCGGAAAAUGGACAUGUCUUUAUUGGCCUCCCAAGUGCAUGAUUAUUCAUUAGGAGGGGUGAACCAGAGGUUAUACAUUGAAAAUGUAAUUCAGCAUUUCGAGUUCAUUGUGAGUAAAGCUCGCACCUAAUUGGAUUGACACCUUAGGGUUGGUUACCAGUGGCUUGGAAGUAUUACUUUUCUGAUACGCUCGUUCCACUACUCGGAUGUACUUUUCCAAUUCGUGGAAAGGUAAAGUGAUGUUAUGAUAACAUUCUUCCUGCUGAUAAUUCUUUUGUUGGAAGAUACUGCAUUCACAGAUGUUUGAGAGGGACUAUGUUGCAGUGUUGUAUCUUGUGAAACCUAGGUAGUGCUAUGUAACAUGAUUUUUCUUAAUGUUUGUUUGUCAUUGGCAAGGCAUCUCCUUUAUAAGUAAUAGCAGCAAUGAUACCAAAAGUCUCCUAGACAGGUAAUGCCACAAAAUAGUGGCUAUGAUUAAAACUAUGCAUUUUUAAAUUGUUUAGUAUUACACAACAUAUUAAAAUGUCUUUUUUUUAUAA